AUAAAAGUCCGUGAUUGAGUUUUCAUCAGAUCGAAGCUUGCCAGGGAAUAUUUACUACUAAAUAGAAAACAACGUCACAGCUCUUUGAAUGAAUUUGUUAAUAGCAACUAGUUUGGUUCUCUUGCUUGCUGACAUCAAUGUGACCAGCAGCCGUGCACGACAUUCAAUCGGUAGAUUCAUCAAGAGAAUUAUUAAUGGCACCAAUGCCGAACUUUACGACAAUCCUUACCAGGUUGGGUUAUUUGUUCGAGGGAAAAAGGAAUGGAACCUGCUAUGUGGAGGAACCCUGAUUAAACCUGAUAAAGUCCUUACCGCUGCCCACUGCAUGGAGGAUGAAACUGCUAUGAAUACCAAAGUAGCUGUUGGUUUGUUAGACAGCGUGGGAGCACCCACUCAGUACGAGCAAUUCAUCUACGUCAAGAACAUCAAAAUACAUGAAGGCUAUGAGAACGUGGCUAGCGACCUGGCCAUUCUGACACUGGCCACUCCAGCGAUACUUAACAACAACGUGAAGGUGGCACAAUUAGCGGAUGAUAGCUCAAACUUUGUUGAUACACCCUGCAUCAUAAGUGGAUGGGGUAGAAACAACUAUUCAGACAAUGCAUUUCCAAAUAGGCUCCAGAAAACAUCGGUAAUGUUACUCUCACAAGAAGAAUGCAUAUAUUAUUGGAGUGAUCAAAGCGAGGGGAUAGACAACAAAGAGUUUGUGUGCGUCGCAAGUGAACAAGGUGACAGCACUAGCUGUAAUGGCGAUAGUGGCGGCCCUUUGUUGUGUGGCCCAAAGCUGGAUAAGCUGGUUGGAGUCCUUUCCUUCGGGACAACAAAUUGUCCUAGGGAUUAUCCUGUCGUGUACACAGAUGUGACACAGUACUACAGAAGUUGGAUCGAGAAGAAUUCUUAAAUUAUCGUCGUCGAUUCGAAGAAUGAAAUAUUAUUACAUAACAAUAA